UGUCCAGUUUGGCUUCCUUGCCUUUUCUUCCUCUCGAGAUUCUUCAGCUCCUGUACUUGGGCUGUUGACGCGCUGGUCGCCCUAAUAAGAACCGCCUCUGUCAAGCUUCACUAGAGUACAAUGUCUGGAUACGGCAGCCCACCACCAGGUGGUAACUUUUACCCUCCACCACCGGAGAAGGGCGGAUAUGAACAACAGGGUCAACAGCAGUACUUUGCGCCUCCGCCAGGAGGCCAAUCCUACCCUCCGCCGCCGACGUCGCCUCCUGCUGCGCAACAACAGCAGCCACAGCACUACCCUCCACCCCCGGGUGGCCAGCAACAACACUAUGCGCCGCCGCCUGACCACUCGCAGCAGCAGCAACAGCAGCAACACUUCCCGCCGCCUGGCAGCGCGCCUCCUCAGCACCAACCACAACAGCAGCAGCAGCAUCAGCCUCCACAGCAGCAAUUCUCUGAGAAAGGGCCCCUAAAUAGCUAUGGCACACCCGCGCCCACUCAGAGCCCUCUGCAACACCCAGGCAUGCCGCCCCAGCAGGCGAGCCAGCAGCAAAUGCAACAACAGCAAGUCCAGGCCUCCCAGCCCGCAUUUGCGGGCGCCGGAACCACACAAGCAGACGACGUGGGCACCUUUAACGGCGGCAGCUACCGCGUGAGCCACCGCAACACAAACACCAUUCUCACAGUGCAGCUCGCAAUCGGGUGCCCCUUCACCGCAAAGCCCGGCGCCAUGAUCGCAAUGACCCCCACGAUAACCCUCAAGGGCACGAUGAAGUUCUCGCUCAAGAAAGCGCUCAUCGGCGGCGACAUGUCCAAGUCGACGUACACGGGACCCGGCGAGCUGCUGCUGGCGCCCGCGUCCAUCGGCGACAUCACCAUCAUCAAGCUCGGGGGCCACGAGCAGUGGAGCGUCGGCAAGGACGCGUUUCUGGCGUGCACCCAGGGCAUCGUCACUGAGUACAAGAGCCAGGGCGUCACGAAGGCCAUGUUCUCGGGCGAGGGGCUGUUCGUGUAUAAGAUCUCCGGCCAGGGCAUUCUGUGGUGUACGAGCUUUGGCGCGAUUAUCAGGAAGGAUCUCCAAAAGGACGAGAAGUACAUCAUUGAUAACGGUCACCUCGUCGCGUGGAACUGCAAGUACGUGCUCGAGCGUGUCGCGUCGGGCGGCAUUGUGUCGAAUAUGAUGGCGGGCGAGGGCCUGGUGUGCAAGUUCACAGGCCCCGGGACGGUGUUCAUGCAGACAAGGAAUGCGCAGGCUUUUGCGGCGUGGUUGGCGUCGAAUUCGGCGAAUGCGGCCAUGUAAUGGCGGUUUCGUUGUUCAACACCAUUGUUUGUACAGAUUGUUUCUAUUCAUCAUACCCUCCUGGUCGACACACUAUACGCAUCUCGAAACUCGCAACGACUUGUCUUCUGAUACCCUGCAGUCUUUGGUCUGGGUGUGGACUUCAGCUGAUCGACGCGUACCUAGCGCGUUUGGUCCUGACAUCAUCAGCUCCACCAAAAAUCAUCCCAUCAUCGACAACUUGCGAGCCGC